UUGACAUUUGGGCGAAAGUGAGGUUACGUUUUAAUUUUCACGUGUGGUCUACUGUUUGUAUUUUUUUUAGUUUCCUAAACUUCUCCUUUAUAACUUACAAAAUGGUAAAGAUAAGUAAAACUACCAAAACACAAAAGGCCGGUUUAAAACUCAAAAGAUCUCCAAAAGUUAAAGAAAAGAAGACCAAGCUAACGAAACCGAGCAAAGUUAAGCCCCGAACGCAAGGUUUUGAAUCGGUCAGCAUGAGUGAUAGCGAAAACUUGGAUGAAUUCGAAUUGGAGAACGACACCGGCGAAAACGUUCCCAACGACAAUUCCGAUUUAGACGAAAUCAAGUCUCACAAAGAAUCUCUGAAAAAGUUGCAAACGACCGACCCGGAGUUUUACAAAUUUCUGGAAGAGAACGAUAAGAAGCUGUUACAGUUUAAUAUUUCGGACGACGAAGAUCAAGAAGAUGCAGUACCCCAUAAGCCGGAGACGGAGUUGGAAGUUGCAAGCGAUGAGAGUGACUUUGAGGCCGAAGACGAGGAUCAAGCGACCACGGAGGGGCCGCAGAAAGUGACGCUUCGCUUGUUAAAAAAGUGGCAGUCGGAUUUACAGGUGGAUAAAACCAAGAAUACCAUCGCACAUGUAAUACACGCAUUUCAUGCUGCUUUGUUACGUGUCUCGAACGCAGAGGAGGAAGUGUCUGACUAUAAAGUUGAGGGCUCUGCCGUUUUUAAUGGAGUUAUCCAGUUGUGUGUGUUGGAGCUUAGUGUGGCCAUUCGGAAAUUCUUGGGACUAAAAUCUACCAAAAUAGCCCCCCAUAAGUGUAAGAAAUUUCCAAAAUUGAAAACACUGCUUCAGAUGUAUUUUAAUGACUUGUUGAAGAUUUUAGGUAGCGUUACGUCGACUAACAUUUUAAAUGUACUUUUGAAGCAUUUGCAUCACAUGCUGCCCCUGCUACAAUCAUUUAGGAAAAGCUGUAAAUUGAUUGUGAAGAAACUGAUUUACUUGUGGGGUACGAGUGACGAUGUGGUUCGCGUACUGUGCUUCUUUUGUAUUUUACGACUUACAACCACCAAUCAAGUUUAUUUACUGGACACCGUUUUAAAGGCGAUGUAUAUGACUUACAUAGUCAAUUCAAAAUUUGUAAGCGUCAAUACACUUUCAUCGAUAAACUUUAUGAAACGAUCCCUAGUCGAAAUGUUCAGUAUUGACGUUGGCACAUCUUAUCAACAUAUUUUCUUAUACAUACGGCAGUUGGCCAUUCAUCUCCGUACGGCGAUUACGGUACGCAAAACGGAAAAUAUACAAACUGUUUACAAUUGGCAAUUUAUUAACUCGUUAAAGUUAUUUGGCGCUGUAUUAUCGGCAAAUUACGAUAAGCCAGAGAUACAACCUUUGGUGUACCCAUUUGUUCAAGUGUGCCUCGGUACACUUAAAUUAGUGCCGACCACCCAGUAUUUUCCGUUACGUUUCCAAAUUGUGCAAGUCUUAACCGACUUCUCUAAGAGCACGGGUGUUUUCAUCCCCAUACUUCCGUUCAUACUCGAAGUCUUAUCUAUACACGACUUCAACAAAAAGGCGAAAAUAGCCUCUAAGAAGCCACUUAAUCUCACCUGCUUGUUACGAUUUUCAAAUAGUCAAAUGACGGAGAACGGCUUCAAGGAUGCUGUAAUUGAUCAAACGUACGCGUCCGUAUUGGAGUACCUAGAGUCCCAGUCGCAUUCCAUCGCUUUCCCAGAUCUAUCGCUGUUUACAAUUCUUCAGUUGAAGAAAUUUCUCGACACCUGCACUGUAUCCGGCUAUUUAAAGAAGAUGAAGCAGCUUUUAGAGAAAAUACAGCAGAACAAUGCGUUUAUCGAGAAGGAACGUAAAAGUAUUACGUUCGAGCUGACCGAUUUCGAUAAAAUCGCCGCUUGGGAAACUAACGUACGUAACAAAGGUACUCCAUUGAGCGUUUAUUACGCAAGUUGGGAUAAAAUACGGACAGUAAAGAAAAACAAAGAAAUGACAAACACUAGCGAUAUCUCAGAUUAUCAGCUGCCCACAGUAAGAAAAAUCAAAAAGGAGCGAAGUGGAAAUAGUGGCGAGCUAUUCCCGAGUGAUUCUGAAUCUGAGGAGCUUAAAUUUGGUAGCGAAGAUGAUGGAGAAGAGUCUAUCAAGCAUGAUACAAAAAAAAGAAAGAAACGGAAAUCAAAGGUUGUAAAUAAUGCAGGGAGUAGCGACUCUGGUGCAAUUUUGGAGGAGAAGGAUGAUACCGUUGAAGAUUUAAACAUUGAUGAUUGGUAAAAUCAUAACAAAUGAUAAGUUUGUAAAUAAUGUCUUUGUUCAUCUUGUUGUUAAUAAACAUUGUAUCUUAA